AUGGAUUCUGUAAGGAAGGGUCCUGGAAGGCUGCAUAACCCAGUAGAAAGCAUUUGCAGAAAAAUUAGAGCCAUCCAAAAGAGAGAAGCAAUUUCAAAUCCGAUUCAACAGAUUCUCAAAUACCAAUCUUGUAGUUUUGAUAGUCCACAGAAUAACAUCAAGAAAGAUUUUGAAGAGGUACUGAAGAAAAUGAAGGCUGCUCACAUUUCUACACCCUACAAUCAUUCUUCAAGUUCUGAGAAAGAAAACUCCUUCAUUUCGUCUCUUCAAAUGGUAUCUCCAAGAACCCCACCCAUCUCUUAUCUCUGCUCUCCUGAGAAUGAAACGUAUUCUGUUACGUUUACAAAUUUUGAAAACAUCUCAAGGUGGAGAACACAGAGCUCCUGGAAUUAUAUUUCUUUGAUGUCACAUAUCAGAAAAGGGGAGUUCUACUUUAACAAGGAUUUAAAUAACUUUUGUAAUGAAAUUAAUCUUAGUAUCUUAACACUUGACCUUGAUUCCACCUCUGAUGAAAUCUCUGAAUGUUUUACUCCUCAGGAUUCAGUGGUGAAAAAAUUAUUUCUGAAUGAAGAAGGAUGUAAACUAGGAAUGAAUGAUGGCAAAGAAAAUGUAUCCUGCAGCAUCAACAAGACGUGUGAAGAAGAGUUACUCACGAGUGUUUUUCAUGCAUGUGACACAAAACACAGAGGUUCAGUAGGAGUUGCCAAAAUAAUAGAUUAUUUGAGGCAAACAAGCAGUCAAGAAAACUAUGAAGAUGGUGGCCUCGAGGAGCUGUGGAACAUGCUUGAUCCUCAAAAGAGAAACCCACAUUUGGAUCUGGAAACGUUCCAUGCCAUCAUGAAGGGAUGGGUGGCUUACUGUAGAAACAAAAGGGAAGGACUGAAUAGUGGAACAAGUAGCAGCAUGGAAAAUUCUGCUUUUGAACAACAGGACAGCAUAAAAUCAAGUGGAAAAAUAAAGAUGACUACAGCUGUAACAGAAGCGGCAGCAGGGCGCUACGAGGCUUUUGGCAAAGAAAAGUCAAAGGGGAUCUUAGAGAUGUCUGAUUUAAUUAGCUAUGUGGCAGACCUACAUUUCAACAAGCAGAAAUUGGAAGAGGAAAAUAAUAAGUUUAAAUUGGUGUUAGAGGCCUUGGAAGAAGAUAACACCCAAUUAUCAGAGAACUGUACUGAGUUGCGUUCUCAGAUAAAAAGUGCCCACCAGGCUAUAAUGAGAACAAAUCUGUUAAAAGAGGAACUAGAGGAACUGAAAAUUAGUAUGAAUACUUCAGAAGAGCAGAAAACCACGAUUGUAGCCCAGAACAAGCAACUAAAGACAGAAAACCGGGCUCUGAUUCUUAAGAUUAAAAUUCUCCAAGAAGAGGUAAAUGGUAGUGUGAAUGGACUAGAAUUAGAUUAUAUAAUGGCUUUGUUAGUAAACAGUGAAGUUAAAGAUUUUGAUUGUAAUGUUCUUUUACUUUUCCUGGUGCUGAAUCUAAAAUGCUGCCUUCUUCUAUAUCAGAAUACUAAGACCAUUAUAGACAGAGACAGACUGGAAAAGAAGAUUGAGGGAUUGUCUAAAGCGGAGAUAGAACACCAAAUGCAGUUACAUACAUAUGAGAGCACUUUGCUUAAUAAAGAUGCAAAAUUGCAGAAGGUUGGUACUAUCCCUUCCUACGAGGGUCUGAAGCCUUCCUAUGAAGGCGAGCUCUUUCCAAAUCAUAAAGGAGAGUCACAUAAAGAUUUAAGUAUAGAAGAACUUAAGUCAACCAUCAUAGAAUACAGAACCAUUAUAGAGAAUUUACGAGAGGAUAAAAAUAACCUGGCUCAUGAGUUAAAGCACUUGCAGCAGGAAGUCAUCCUAAAUGGAAUUCAGAUGAAUGUUAGUGGAGGACAUAGUAAUAUCAUUUCUGAAGGAGAAAAAUCCCUACACUGUGAACUUAUUCUUGCACAGUCUGCAGAGCAUGAAGUUUCUGAAGUUGAAACCCUCAUUGAUAACUCUCUACAGUGGGUAACUAAUCCAGAAAUAAAUGUGAAGGAAAAGUGGGAAUAUAAGCUUAAGGAAUUCAAACAUAUGGAAGAAAAGCUAAAUCUUUGUGUGUUGAUGCUGGAUGGCUUGGGAAACUACAAAGAAUCUUUUUAUAAAGAGUUUGCCAAAUUGAUAAAGAUUUUUAAGAGAUUCAAGACAGAAUAUUUUCAUUUCAGGAAAGAAUUCCUUUCUAGGCAGAAACAACUAGAAACCAUUCAACAACUGCAAGAAGAUGCAGUCAAUCAGGAAGCCAUCCACAGGCAGACGCUCCAAGAAGUCGGCCAAUGGCUGGAGGAUGCCAAGAAACAGGUUAAGGAUCGAGAUCGGACAGCCCCUUCUGCCGGUGAAGAAGCUAAGUCUUUACAGCAUAAAUUAGAGGCAGCAAUUUCUGAACAAUGGAAUCUCCAGGCUAUAAAUACUGAGAUAUGGGACACAUGCCAGACACUUGAGCAGAAGACAAGAAAAUUGAAAAAUGCUUUACAUCUGGACAGCCUUACAGGGAUUCCAAGACUGAGACUGACACUUUUCUCAUAUGUAGCCAAUCGAAACCGUGCUUCACGUGAAAGAUUAAAACAUGGGGAAAUAAACGAUGGUGCUUUGGAUGUGACAAGAGGACAAAAGUGCCCAGGCCCCAUUGGUGGCCUCCACCCAGGAACAGACCUUUCAGAUUAUAUCAGGAUGAGUGAUGACCUAAGCAUGGAAGAGAAUGGUGAUGAACACUUAGGUUCUGAGAACUUUCCACACUCCAGGGAAUAUCUCACACUACCACUGCCUGGACACACUUCAUCUACAGAUAGUACUGUAACUUCCAGUGAUUCCAGCUCAGAAAUUUUGAAUAUGGCUUCUGGUAACCUUGACUGUAGCUCACUCUGUGAGAAAAAGGAAGAUACAAGAUCAGCUUCUACUGUGACAGAGACUCAAGGCAGCAGUCCAUCUCAUGGCAAUAUUCCCCUCCAAGGCUCUACAAGUGAGGACAAAGCCAUAUUAAAACUGGAAGCCAAAGAGGAACCAGAAACAAUGGAAGAGCAUAGAAAAGAAUGUGCUACAGGAGACACUACUGUUUCCUCUCUUCCUGUAACUACUGUGAAAUCAGUCAACUUUAGACAAAGUGACAACAUUUCUGCUAAUGAGAAGGAGGUAGAGGCCGAAUUUCUCAGAUUAUCUUUGGGAUUUAAGUGUGACUGGUUUACCUUGGAGAAAAGAGUGAAGCUUGAAGAGAGAUCCCGUGACUUGGCAGAAGAAAAUUUGAAGAAGGAGACCACAAACUGUUUAAAGCUAUUAGAGUCUUUAACACCUCUAUGUGAAGAUGACAACCAGGCCCAGGAAAUCAUUAAGAAGCUGGAGAAGAGCAUAACAUUCCUUAGCCAGUGCACAGUACGAAUGGCCAGCAGGGCCGAGAUGCUGGGAGCCAUUAAUCAGGAAAGCAGGGUUAGUAAAGCAGUGGAAGUGAUGAUUCAACACGUAGAAAACUUGAAGAGAAUGUAUGCCAAAGAGCAUGCUGAAUUAGAAGAACUGAAACAGGUUCUUUUGCAGAAUGAAAGAUCUUUUAGCCCUCUUGGAGAUGAAGAUGACUGCCAAAUUAAAAAACGUUCAGCUUCUCUAAACUCCAAGCCAUCAUCUCUUCGAAGAGUGACCAUUGCCUCUUUGCCCAGAAAUAUUGGAAAUGCAGGAAUGGUUGCUGGGGUGGAAAAUAAUGACCGAUUCAGUAGGAGAUCAAGUAGUUGGCGUAUUUUAGGGUCAAAGCACAGUGAACAUCGUCCUUCAUUACAUCGAUUUAUUAGCACCUAUUCCUGGGCAGAUGCUGAUGAAGAAAAAUCUGAACUAAAAACUAAAGAUGACUCAGAACCACCUGAAGAAGAAAUAGUAGAAAGGACAAGGAAGCCAAGUCUCUCUGAAAAGAGAAAUAAUCCAUCAAAAUGGGAUGUUUCUUCAAUUUAUGACACAAUAGCUUCCUGGGCAGCAAAUCUCAAGACUUCCUUCAGAAAAGUGAAUAAGGCACUCUGGAUUUCUGUUGUCUUUAUUGUACUGUUUGCAGCUUUGAUGAGCUUCCUCACUGGCUUAUUUUUCCAAAAGCCUGUGGAUGCCGCUCCCACACAAAAUGGGGAUUCCUGGAUGUCUCUAGAACAUGCCUUGUGGCCUUUUACUAGACUCCAACACAAUGGGCCACCACCAGUGUGA